CCUUCCUCCCUCCUUCUCUCUCCGUCGCCUCCGCAACUUUUCUUACACUUCGAGGGAGCGGCGGAGGCAGGAGCGCGGCACUGGAGAAGGAGAAGAAAGAGGGAAAGAAGGGAAGGAAAAGAAUGUAGUGGAAGGCGAGAAGGAGAAGAAGAGGAAGGGAAGGGGCACCGUUUGGGCCAUGGAUUGGGUCAAGCUCCGCCGCUGCGUCCUGGCGCUUUGAAUCCCGGAGUCGCUCGCUCGGCUGGCGAUGGAAAGAGCUGCGACCAACGAGGUCACCUGAAGCCCGAGACUGAGAGAGAGAGAGAGAGAGAGAGAGAGAGAGAGCCCAGGAAGAAGAGGAGGAGGAAGGCCCAGAGCGAGCCCACGCUUCGCCCCGUCGCCUUUGGCUGAUGGACCUUCGCCGGGCCCGGAUCGCCGCCGCCGCCCUUUCCCCUGGCAGGAUCGGGGCUCCCCUGGCUUGGAUUAUUAUUCUUAUUCCUACUCCGAGACUCCUCCAGCGCCCCGCUUUCUGACGGCCCGCUUCACCCUCUCCCCAGUCGUCGUCGUCGCCCCCCUUUGGACCCCUUUCCGCGUCAACAAUGGAGAGGUCCGUGGCAGCGCGAGUCCACCGUGGAGCUUGGCGGACGGGAGCCAUGCCGCCCAAGGCUCUCUUCUUGGCGCUGGCCAUCUUUUCUUCCCUGAUCCAAGUGGUGAUAGAAGCCAGCUCUUGGUGGUCUCUGGGUAUGAACCACAUGAAUCCAAUGAACCCAGUUCAGAUGCCGGAGGUGUACAUCAUUGGGGCCCAGCCGCUGUGCAGCCAAUUGACAGGCCUCUCUCAAGGACAAAAGAAACUCUGCCACUUAUACCAGGACCACAUGCAGUACAUUGGCGAGGGAGCAAAGACGGGCAUCAAGGAAUGCCAGUAUCAGUUUCGCCAUCGAAGGUGGAAUUGUAGCACUGUGGAUAACAACUCUGUUUUUGGCAGAGUCAUGCAGAUAGGCAGCCGGGAGACCGCUUUCACCUAUGCAGUCAGUGCUGCUGGGGUUGUUAAUGCCAUGAGCCGGGCCUGCAGAGAGGGGGAGCUGUCUUCCUGUGGCUGCAGCCGGGCUGCCCGGCCAAAAGAUCUCCCCCGGGACUGGCUAUGGGGCGGCUGCGGGGACAACAUUGAUUAUGGCUACCGCUUUGCCAAGGAGUUUGUGGAUGCCCGUGAGCGAGAGAGAAUAUACCAGAAAGGGUCAUAUGAGAGUGCUAGGAUCUUAAUGAACCUUCACAACAAUGAAGCAGGAAGGAGAACUGUGUACAGCUUGGCAGAUGUGGCCUGCAAAUGUCAUGGCGUAUCUGGAUCUUGCAGUCUGAAGACCUGUUGGCUACAACUGGCUGACUUUCGCAAGGUUGGAGAUGCUUUGAAGGAGAAAUAUGACAGUGCAGCAGCUAUGAAAAUCCAUCAACGGGGCAAGUUGGUGCUAGUGAAUAGCCGCUUCAAUGCACCAACUAUCCAUGACCUGGUAUACAUUGAUCCUAGUCCUGACUAUUGUGUGCGCAAUGAGAGCACUGGCUCCCUGGGCACUCAGGGGCGGCUGUGCAACAAGACUUCAGAAGGCAUGGAUGGCUGUGAACUCAUGUGCUGUGGCCGAGGCUAUGACCAAUUCAAGACCGUGCAGACGGAGCGCUGUCACUGCAAGUUCCAUUGGUGCUGCUAUGUAAAAUGCAAGAAGUGCACAGAGAUUGUGGAUCAGUUUGUCUGCAAAUAGAUGGGAAUGGGUGGCAGUGGUUGUUCUACCAGCAGGGGGAAGGGGAUGGGAUUGCCCUGAGAUAAUCUCCACUCUUAUUUAUAGAGCCCAAUGGGUCGCUUUUCCUGUUUAUAUAUAUAUAUAUUAAAAAAAAUGUGCAAAGAGAAGUGAUGGGAAUCCUUGCUGCAUCCAGCUCAGACUGUGCAUAGUUUUAUAUAUAUUUUUUCUAUAAUGGGGAAAUACCUGAGAUAAUAUUUAUUUUACACAAUUGGAAAUACAACUUUAAAAUGAAAAGACAGAGAAGCUUGAGGGGAAAUUUGUCCCAUUUCUAUUUAGUCUCAUGAGGAGGCUGGGCAGGAUGGCCCUUGUAGUUUCUUCCAACCCAAUGAUUCUGUGACAUAGUGCAUAUGCAAUAGAUGAUAUAUCCAUGUGCCAUGCUUUAGAUUGGAACAUGAACCAUGCAGACUUGGUGACGGAUGUGUGAUAAUUCUUUCCUAGCCCUUUUGAUCAAAAAGAAACAACCAGGCAUACCAUCAUCCUAGAUACAUGUUUUAGGGCUGAGCAAACUGCGGUUCUGGGGCCAUGUGCUGUUUUUGCAGCCCUUGACUCCUCCAAACUUCCUGGACCAUACUUGUUUCCCCUGAGAAAGUCUCUGGGAGUGGCAGAUACCCAUCUGCUAGACCCUCAUUGCACUGUUAUAACAUCAAAAGCAUACACUGUAUACUCAUAUAUAAGUUUAGAAAUUUUAGUAAAGAAAACCAACCUCUAAAACUUGGGUCAACUUGUCCAUGGAUCAAUGUGAGUACUUUAUCUUAACUUUCAUUAUAUAAAAAAGGAACCAUCUCCUUCUUUGAGUAGAGUGGCGAAAGACAAGAGCUUAGUCCAACCCUUCUACUCACUCCAUCAUGGUACUGCUUCUGACCUUUUUGAAUGCCUGGACAGGGAAAUGGCAGCAGGCCCUAAGGCCUCUUCCACAUAGCUGUAUAAAAUCCACAUUGAACUGGAUUAUAUGGCAGAAUGAAUUCAGAUAACCCAUUUCACAGCUGAUAUUGUGGAUUAUCUGCCUUGAUAAUCUGAAUUGUAUGGCUAUAUGGAAGGGCCCUGAGGUGACAUUGGUGCUUUCCUCUCUCUACAGAAUGGCCCUUGACCUAUUCACAGAUCAUAUCAAAAUCCAUAAUUUUUGCCCCCAGACCAGGCCUCAACUUAUAAACGAGGUUGACUUAUAUAUGAGUAUAUACAAUAACCAUUUUUCAGAACCUGAAUUGAUUUGGACCAAUUUCCAAGAGAUACAGGGUAUUUUUUUUUGCAUCCAAUUGCCCCUAGAAGGAUCCCAGGGGCAGAAGUUUGUUCAUCCCAGUCUAGAAGGUUUAGAAUGUAACUUCCUGAACAUCAGUUGCAUGGCAACUUGGAAAAACAUGGGUGAAAGCGCAAGAUUCCCAGAGCUGUGUUGCUUGGCUACCUCUAAAGGUAUAUUAAUCUCACGUGGCAUUUUUCAUUUAUGCCUGAGAUAACCUGUGAAUCUGCAUUGUGGGGAUGAUACCAACAAAGAAGCUAACCUUUCAAGAAUUUUAGCAGAGGAAGAUGCACUUUUCUCAUAAGCCCCACCGAAAUAAUGCAUUUUCUGUGUCUCGGUGGAAAGUGGAAAACUUGUUAACUGGUUGAGGUAAGACCAAUUCUUCAAAUAAUCUAGCAAAUCCAGGAGGAAGAAUAUCUGAUUAUAUAGCAUUAAUUCAAGCAGAAUUUCGAACACAACCAUUUCAUAAAAAAUCCAUAAUUUUACUGCCUUGCUUUGAAGGAAUAUUGAAGACCACAUAGAACUUCCUAAAGCACGUAUGCUACUUUUAAUGGGCCUGCAAUCUGCAAAAUUCUUUUUUUUAAAGAAAAGAAAAAAUAAUCGGAAUUGAACUAAUUCUUUGUCUUUAAAGUGUUAUGGGUAGUCAAGUCCUUUUCAGAAGUGGAAAUGAACUAACAUUGUGGAAUUUUGGAAAAUGCUGGUGCAGUAUGAUAUAGUAGCUUGAUAUUUUAAUAAUUGACUACUACAGUUCAAAAUCAAGUAUGAUGCAGUAUCCACUUUAUCAUCCUGUGUUUCUUUUGUUCUUUGUUUUAAUGCACAAAUAGAAUAUAUUACAGCUAUGCGCAAACUUGCUCAGACUGUAUUUGAGCAGUUUACUUAUAUAUGGGGAAAUUGGUCUUCUGGUUUCUGGUAUUUCAAACCGUUUAAAAAAGAAAAUACAGGAUUUUGAAAAAAAUAAUUAAUAGCCACCCAAGUUACUGCUGGGAACAGUUUCUGUGUUUAGACUAAGCACAUAGCACAAAUGUCCUAACAUCACUUUUAGGUUUUAUUUAGGUUGGAUUCUAGCCUCUUUUUGUGGGAUUUCAUUACACAUUUGGAUGGCCAUCUGCCAGGGGUGCUUUGAAUGUGAUUUUCCUGCUUCUUGGCAGGGGGUUGGACUGGAUAGCCCACGAGGUCUCUUCAUACUCAAGGAAUCUAUGAAGAUUAAGCCAGCCACAAAUUAUUAAAUUCAAAGGAAGCUCUUCCAGCUCAAUUCAGUGAAAUAUAUCUUCUGAGCACACUCUGGUGUUUAUCAUGUUCUCGGGCCGUAGGUAUGGAAAGCUUAAGGAGUUAGUUUUAGAAUCUCUUUUCCUGUGGGGGCAUUAUUGCAGAUAAACAAACAAAUAAAGUUUCUUUCACAGGUGGCCUUGAUUCACAUAAAAAGAGAAUGUUCUUUCAAUUAUCACACACUCAUGUGGUAUUUUAUAGCUUUGACAGUCCCAUUGUAAUUGGAACCUGCCCAAUAAAUAAAAGCAAAAGAGAAUGUAUGCCAUUUUAGCAUUACUCAAAAUUUAAAAUUUUUGACAAAGCUAUGAGCUGUCUCAUUAGUUCCAUCUUUUCCAAUGUUGAUUGCUCUUAAUUUAUUAUGCAAGGCAAUAUUUACUUCCCUGGCUCCUCAUGUUGGAAAACCAAUGUCAACUUUGAAAAUAAUAAAAAAUAAAGCACUAGUUCAUUAAAUAUGUCACUUUUGGUUUUUAUUAUACAAAAACCAUAAUCCUUUAAAAUAUGCUCAGUCACUUACUCUACAUGGAACACCUGUCUGUGAGCAGAGAGGGGUGUAAUGAUCCUAGUUAUUAAAAUGUUAUUUAAUGUACAAUAUUUCACUUGUGUUCUUCAGAUACUAUGUAAAUCUACCAUGUCCUCUUUGUUCUGUACAUUUAAUGUACAUAUUUCAUCUUGUGUGAUUUGUAUAUUUCACUGGUGUUUUUUUAAAAAAAGACUUAUGCCAUAAUGGAAGAUAGACUAUAAAAAUAAAAUAUUGGUUAUAUAA